AUGAUGAUCACUAGUGUGAUUGGCAAGUCACUGCGCAACGCCUGUUGCAGAAGCGCGGAACUUUGCUUUACGGAAUGCAGCAGGAGAGUGUACAAGGCAAUUCCGACGCCCUCAGACUACGAGCCGAUGGCCACCUUUUGCUACUACUCGGGAAUACACAACCACAGGGAAUUCCACCUGCUGAUCAACAUAUCGGACAUAGAGGGUGAUUUCCUCAAAAGGCAGUGCUGUAUUGAGCUCGAAGUGGGCGAAUUCAGGGUCCCGGCCACAGCCAUCCCCGUCUCCAAGGAGGGUUCGCUCAAGAACAUACUGUGCAGAGCCUCUGUGCGCGUGCGAAUGUGCGACUCGAAGCUGCACCUGAACGUCUACAGGAAGCAGGUGCUGACGAGGCUGCUCGUUUCCAAGCUCACGCUCGACGUGGACAGGGACAUAAUCGGAAAGAAGUUCCCUCAAAACUCAUGGUAUACUCUGUACGAUAAAUCGACUAAACUGGGAAGGGUCAAGAUGUCUUUCUACAAGGUCAACAAUUCUCUAAAUGUGAUCGACAACGUGGUGUUGCAGCAGGCGAUUCUGUGUGCUAACGACUACAUCAAUUCAGGAGCUGAGUUUAAAAUAAACAUUCUGCACCCAGACAUCAUGCUGCAAGCUGAGAAACUGGUGCUGCUGUCGUUCUCACUCGAGGGGCCUUUAAUCGCAAAAGAAGGCUACGCAUCGCAAAUGCGUUAUUUUAAAACAUACCAGAAGGCGGGAAAAUGGUAUUGGAGUUUUUGGAACUCUAAACCCGAGUGCAGAGCAAACAGAAGGCCUCAGGGAUCGGUAUACUUGCUGAGCAUAAGUACAAUUCUGAAACAUCCGACUGAUUACACAGUAUUUUAUGUAAAAUAUUACACAAAGGACGGGCCUCGUAACCUGUUUUUUAAAACAGUAGAUAGGAGUAGGGACAUCUGGACGGAUUCGCUCUAUAUGUUCAUUCAUUCGAUGAGGGACUACAUAGAACAUUUUGACGAUCUGAGCUCCUUAAACGACAUUUUAAAUUAA